AUGCUCCUGGCUUCAGUUUCCAUCUGCAUCAAGGGGGGCUGGCCGACCUGGAGGAGCUGGAGGCCCUUUCCAGAGACCCUGCUUUUGUGCUCUGUCCCCAGCAGAAUCCCUAUGGUGACAGAGCAAGUGGCUCGGGAAGCCCUUCUCAGCUUUGUGAGCUCCAAAUGCUGCUACGGCAGCGCGGCCGCUGGUGACCUCAUCAUCCAGGAGCUCAAGCAGCAGACUCUCUGCAGGUAUCGACUAGAGACUUUCACCGAAUCCAGAAUAAGUGAAUGGACAUUUCAACCCUUUACUAACCAGUCAGUGGAUGGGCCGCAAAGAGGGACCUCCCCCAGGCUUUGGGACAUCAAAGUCCAGGUGCCCCCAAUGUUUCAGGAAGACACGAGGAAGUUUCAAGUCCCUCACUCGUCACUGGUCAAGGAAUGCCACAAAUGCCAUGGGCGUGGGCGUUACAAGUGCAGCUGCUGCCACGGGGCAGGCAUGGUGAGGUGCCCGUCCUGCAGUGGAGCCAAGCGCAAAGCCAAGCAGUCCCGCAGGUGUCCGAUGUGCUCGGGGUCUGGCAGGCGGAGGUGCAGCACGUGCUCAGGGAGGGGCAGCAAGACCUGUGCCACCUGCAAAGGGGAGAAGAAGCUGUUGCACUUUAUCCAGCUGGUCAUCGUGUGGAAAAACAGCCUGUUUGAGUUUGUGUCUGAGCACCGCCUGAAUUGCCCUGGGGAACUCCUUGCUAAAGCCAAAGGAGAAAGCCUCUUUAAGGAUGAAAACACCAUGGUGUACCCCAUUGUGGAUUUCCCGCUGUGGGAGAUCUCUCUGGCCUCGCAGAGGGGCAUCGCGGAGCACAGCGCCGCCCUGACCUCCCGCGCCCGAGUCCUUCAGCAGCGCCAGACCAUUGAGCUGAUCCCCCUCACAGAAGUGCAUUAUUGGUACCAAGGACAGACUUACGUCUACUACAUCUACGGCACGGACCACAGAGUGUACGUGGUCGAUUACCCUGAGCAGUACUGCUGUGGCUGCACCAUCAUAUGACGGGACCCAGCCAUCUCCAGAGCCGGGAGUUCACUCAUCAUUGGCUACAUCAGACAAUCCUAUACAAACCCUGGGGUGUCCUUCUAGACACUUCAGCUUAUCAUCUGUCAAACCCCUGGUCUUUCCAGAGCUUCUCUGGUGGGAUCCAUCAUGCGUUUAACCUACAAGAAUUCAGCUAGGCACAUUUCUUUAGAACAUUGUGGAC